AUGCUCAGUGUCUGCCACCCCGACGGUCUGACACUCAUAAUCACUCCUAAUGCUGACACAAAAUGUCGUAUCAAGAACCACCUCAAGUUGGCCCGGAAUGCACAGGCCAAUCAGACACCCGUGGAACCCAAUACGACGUUGGCGAUGACUGACACUGCCACAACAUCUGAACCAAGCACAGUCCCACCUUGCAAAUCCAAGAAUGUUAGGAAACGAAAUGCCGCGUCGAGGGCUGACUCCACAUCAACGGUCAAUCUCGCAUCGAUGGCCAAUCCCUCUCAGAAGGAGAUUGCGGAGAUUCGAGGAAAGAAUGAGAGGAUUCUCGCCGAGAAUGAGAGCAUUCGCAGCGAGAACGAGAGGAUUCUCACUAAGGACGAGGGCAUGCGCGGUGAGAUUGAGAGGAUCACCAACGAGAACGAGAGCUUGCGCAAGGACAACGAGCGCAUCGAUAAUGAUCUUGCCAUCAUUCGCAAGGACCUUGACGCAGCGAGAGUCCAACACACUCAGGAUGUUGAAGCACUCAGAGAAGUCACAAUGUCACUAGCUCCCUUGCAUCUUCGUGUCCUACUCGACCGUGCACGCAGAAAGGGUCUGGAACACCUCGGCCACGAGGCCUGGGAAGGACUUCGCGAUUCCCGCAGCGUCUAUCAACUUUCAAAUACCAUCUUCGAUGCUCUCAAACGGCAGGGUGUAUGA